AUGAAAUCUGGUGAUUCGUCGUUUUCUGAUUACAAAUCAGAAGUGGUUGAAGAGAAUUGGACUCAGUUAUUGUUGAAUUGGAUAAACAAAUGUGUCCAUCCAAAGAGUCCAGUCAAGCAACUUAACAUUAAAAGUUUAGUGCGGAUUUUAAAUAAAUAUAAACAAGACAUCUAUGGUCGGAAAGCUGAUAAAGCUGUGUUGGAUGCUGAUGAUAUCCAGACGCUAAUCAAGGAGAAGUAUCCGCUGCUGAAAUUAAAAUGCUUUUGGGAUCUAAAAGAUAUUCCAAAUAAGAUGUAUGUUAUGUACUCCAUAAUGCUGUUUCAUUGUUGCGUCAACUCAGAUGAGGGUAAUGUGGACAAGGAAAUAUGUACUCAUCUAACGAAAAAGGAACAAGAUAUGAUUUUGAAGUUUUGCGAAAGAUUAGCCGAUAUGGAAAUUACAGCUAGUAAUAUUCAAUGCGCUAUCAAAGAUGCAUACGGAUUAGUAAACUCAAAUUUGAAUGCCAAAAAAGAAAUCAAAAAUGCUGGAACACAUAAAAAAGUCCAAUCAGAAUCUAGCGCACCAACCACAUCACCGGAUAAGAGUUCUUUCAACACAGUAACGACAGCAAAUACCACAAUAAAGAAAGAUGAAAGUGAACUCUCUGAAGAUUUAAUUAAGGAUUCAAAUACUUUGAAAUUCAAAUCAUCUGUAACUUUAAUGCCAUCUGCCAUUCCCGAUACUUCCUAUUCAGAAGUUGAUUAUGUUGUAAAUUAUACUUCCAAGUCUGAUGUAACUGAAAAGGAACCCUUUGAUAAAGCUCCUAAAGUCCAACUUCAUGUGCACCGAUGCGAAUUGGAGUGCAAAUGGAAGAUAUUUCUCACCAUUGUCAUAAUUCUGUUGCUCAUUGCAUCAGCAAUUGCAGGAUUUUUAUUUUUACCUUUGCCCUUUGAUUCUGAUCUGGACGAGUCAACUUCAGAUAAGAUUGAGGAGUUCCGAAUGAGUGGCGGUCAAGAAGCCAGAAUGUUCCAGUUGAACGCUUACGUCUGCAAGAAUGGUCUUUGCGAGAAACUCAUUGGACCGACUUCCGACUACUUCUUCUCAUCACUAAGCCGUUGUACACUCUUAUGCACGGGACCACAAAUUUGGCCUUUCCCCAUAGGCUACACUUACUACAGCAAGAAGAUCGUAUCUCUAGCCACGAGCCGAUUAGAAUACAAAUUCAAUUCUGUACCUUCCGAAGCAGUCCAUAUAUAUCUAGCAGAAGCCUUCAAACUAUUCCUCGGAGAUCUAGCAAAACUAGAACAAUAUACAUCAGAUCCAAGAAACCUGUCAUCUGAAAAUAAAAUAGUCAAAAAGAUGUCUAUAGAAAUGGAUGUGGAAACAGAUCCUGAUCCAAGAUUAAGGUUAGACACUGAAGAAUCUUAUCAAAUCAAGAUUGACACUGUAAAUAAUCAGGUUGUGAUGAAAUUGUUGGCGGCUUCGUUCUGUGGCAUGAGACAUGCGUUAGAGACUCUCAGUCAAGUGAUCUUGUUAGACCAGACAACUGGUUAUUUAAUAACUCUAUCAAAUAUGGUGAUUAAAGAUGCACCCAGCUACAAAUACAGAGGUCUGAUGUUAGACACUGGCAGAAAUUAUAUACCAAUACCAGAUAUCAUAAGAACAAUAGAUGCUAUGGCUUACUCGAAACUAAAUACUUUCCACUGGAGAAUUUCUGACGUGACCAGUUUUCCUUUGUAUCUCCCAGAAAUUCCACAGUUAUUUGAAUAUGGUUCUUAUGGAAGAAAUUAUAAGUAUACAAAGGAAGAUGUAAGGGCUGUUGUGAAAAGAGCUGGUAUUCGUGGUAUUAGGGUUGUUAUGGAAGUGGCUGCCCCUGGACCCGUCGGGAGAGCUUGGUCUUGGGUUCCAGAAGCAACGUGCCCGAGUAAAAAUAGAAAUUUUACUUGCAGCAACAUUCUAUGCUUAAGGUUGGGCAUGCGUGAUUCAGUUUUUGAUAUCCUACAAAUAAUAUAUUCGGAAAUCUUGAAGUUGACGAAAAUUGAAGAUGUUUUUCAUAUGAGCGAUAGUAUUUUUUCAUUGGCUAAUUGUUUUUAUUUGGUCGAGGAGAGGGAAGGGUUUUUGGAAAAGGCUCUGGAAAGACUGAAGAUAGCUAAUAGAGGAUUUUUGCCGAAGUUACCAAUUGUAUGGUACUCCACGCAUUUGACCAAGGAUUAUGAAGCUCGAGCUUGGGACAGGACUUGGCAAGACAUGUAUUCCUGGAAAUCCUGGCGGAAUAUCGACGUGUUCACUAUUGAGGGAGGUGAGAGUAUGCUAUGGACGGAUCUGGUUGAUAGUGCUAAAGAGCUCAACGGUCUGCUGCUGCAUAGGCCUAUAUCCAGUAAUGUAGUAGAAAAUGAGCUGAUGAUGAUCAUGAUGAGAAUUUACAAGAAUCGUUGGAAGAAUAUCCGAAGCCGUAAUUUGGACACACAUUUAUGGCCACGUGCGGCGGCUGUAGCGGAACGGCUCUGGUCUGAUAUCGCUCUCAAUGGGACCGUCAGCGGCGAGGUCUACGUCAGGCUGGAUAGUCAAAGGGCUGGGCUGAUGUUCAGCCGGGGUUACGGGGUAAGCGCAAUGAGGCACCGCGACCUCGGCCCAGAGCAGGAGAAGGAACAGGGAGAAGAUCAAAAUGUUGAAGGUGAUCGUAUUGAUGACAAUGACGAUCAUGAUAGUGGUGAUGAUAGAGGUUGUGGUGAUGAUGACAAUGACUAUGGUAAUGACGAAGAUUAUGAUGACGUUUAUGACGGUGGUUGCGGCAUCACCAAAUGA